AUGGCUGCAGACCUGACAGCAAGAAUUGCUGUGAUCGGGGCGGGCUGUGCAGGUCUGGUCACUGCACAAACUUUGCUUCAGGAUGGAUUCACAGAUGUCGAAGUGCUCACCCGUGAUCCUUCUCCAGGCGGCGUGUGGUGUGCUGACCGAAUCUACCCGGGAUUGUUCAUCAACAAUGUUCAUGGCGAAUUCAGGUUCUCUUCCCUAGAGCUGCCACCAUCCCGGGACGCGAAAGCCGGCGGAGGACGACUCUCUGGGCAGGACAUGCGAUUGUAUAUGGAAGAAUUCUCCAAGCGCUUUCUUAAAGGCAGAAUUAGGUAUCGCACCGAGGUGCUAAAUAUCAAGCCACUACCCAAGGUCCCGUGCGACGAGUCUGGCUCGCGUACCUGGUUUGUGACUGUCAAGGAUCUCACAACACACCAACGGAGAACUCUCGAGUACGACAAGAUUGUUCUGUGCACUGGGGCAUGCAGCCAGGCUCGUGUUCCUCCAGGUCUAUCGCAGGAGGAUGCUGCCGCACAUGGAUUUCUAGGUCCGGUCAUACACUCUUCUGAAUUCGGGCCUCGUCGCGAAGACAUACUGCGAGCUGUGAAACCGGCCUCUGAGAGCCCUGAAGACAUUGUUCUAGUCGUGGGUGGAGGGAAGUCUGCGCAGGAUAUUGCAGCCUAUUUGACGCGAGAAGGAAGGCGCGUGUGCAUGGUAUUUACCGUGGCCGAUGCGACCUUUGCGGCCCCUAUCCCGUAUCCUGACUUCGUGCGCAGAAGCAGGCAAGUCCCUAUUUGCAGGUUGCUGUCAGUGUUUUCGCCGCAUAUAGAGUUACGCACACGUCUAGAGAGAUUCAUGCACACGUCCUGGAUCGGUAGCAAGAUCGUCCAAGCCACAUGGAAGCUGCUAAGCUGGAUGUCUUUCACGACGCUGGGGGUGCCAAGAAACUCACCCCUGCGACGCACCCGGAGUCUCUUCUGGACUUUGCGUACAAAUGACGAAGGCAUCGGGCUGCCCGACGGCUUCUACGACCUUAUGAGACGAGGCAAGAUCGAGCUCAUUGCCCCGGCGCGCGCAGUCUCCAUCGCAAACGACGGCCAAGGCGUCGUACUCCACGACAAACGUGUUAUACGCGCAACAGCGAUUAUCAACGCAACGGGCCACGCAUCUACUUGGGACAAAAUCUUGGACCAGGAAACGAUAGAGGCGCUCGGCCUCAACAAGCAGUAUACGGCGCAUACUUCAGCGGAAGAUGCACAUGAAUGGGACGGUUAUAUCACAUUGUCCGAUCCGCCUCCAGCGUGCGCUGAGCAGGAUCAAUGGACCAUGUCAAUUUACCGGGGGAUAGUCCCACUGAAGUGCCUCUUCGACAGGGACUUCGCUAUAAACGGUGGUACUCUGACAACAAACAACGGCUACGUGUUCGAGGUCUGUGCGCACUGGAUCGCGUCGUAUUUCCGCCAGGAUCCGUUCCUCCGUCUGCCCAAGUCGAAGGAGGAUGGGCGCGCAUGCGUGGAGCGCAACGCUGCAUGGCUGCGGAAGCGCUACCCGGACGCAGGCACAUUCGUGAACGAGAGCAACGCCACUGACCUGGCCUUCUGGAGCUGGCCGCGGUUGGCCGAUACAUUGCUCGACGACAUGCGCGUCCCGAGCGCGCGGAGCGGAGGAAAUGCGCUGACAUGGCUGUUUCGGACGAUCGAGCUGAAGGAGAUCGAACGCCUAGGAGAGGAGCGUGCGCAAUUGAGAGCGCAGUCCCGAGACCUAGCGGUGGUCGAAGCGUAG